CCCCUCGGGAUGGAGGCGGCUGCAGCCCCCGAGGGAGCAGUGAGGGGCAGCGGGGGCUGGCGGGAGCCGGCUGAGCCCAGCACCGAGCAGGAGCUCCGUGAGGAGCUGCGGAGGGCAAGGGAUGACUACAACAUGGCCACAGGCACCAUCUCCUCCUUGCAAAGACAACUGGAUAUCAAAGAGUCCCAGCUCCGGAGAACCAGAUCUGAAACCGAAAUGCUCCAAAAGCAGCUCAGAAAGCAAGAAAGCCACUUACAAGACAUGUCUGCCAAGUUUUGCAGUCUCAGAGAACAGAAAUGUGAAGAAAUGAUGGUGACAAUGGAGGAGGAGAACCGCAGCCUCCGACAGGUCCUCUCAGAACAAGAAUCCAGGCUGGCCGCGCAGCACAAGCUCAUCGGUGAGCUACAGGAGACCAUCGGGCAGCUGCAGACAGAGGCGCGCUCCCACCGGUACCACAUCCGCACGCAGCAGCGGCAGCAGGAGGCAGCCCAAAGGGAGGUUAAGGCACUGCAGCAGAAGGAGCUGCAAACUCGCGUGGCGCUGGAGCUCAUCACCAGCAAGUUUGAAAAGUAUCGAAGCAAAAUAAUCCAGGCCACAUUCAGCACAGCAGGCAUCAAGCCUCCGCAGGCAGAGACCACGGAUGAGGAGGUGCUGGAGGCAAUGCAGAAAAUCAUUAACGAACGGAUCGAGUUCCAUCAGAUGCUCAAACAGAAAGGCAUCAGAGUCCCACCGCUCUACGGCACCGACACCGCUGCAUCACCUACUAGUAGGGGAAGGAGAAGGAGUAGCACAAGGCAGCAGCAUGUCACCCCUGAAAAGUAGCCCUGAUGGCUGAGCAGAACACAUCACCAAUGUCAGGCUCCUGUUCCCUGGGUCUGAGGUCGACGUACUAAUGAAUUAAACCCAUCCUCCUGAAACCAA